GAGACGAAAACUCAAUCCUCCGCAUCACCAAUUUACAUAAAAACUAAAUCUUCUAAAAAUAGAGAGAUCGAAUUUCUGGAUCAUGUAUAUAAAGAACAGAUUAGUAACGAGAUUAAAGAAAAAACAGAAAUCAACUAUCCUUUUGACUUGUCACAUAACACAAAAUCCGUUAACAUUUUUAAUGAUCAAGAUCUAAAAUCAUGUGAUACAAAAACCAAUCUUACUCGCGAUAAUUCAUUCCCAUUAUCAUCAAAAAAGCGUUCCGUAUUAUUCAUUUUUAUUAUUGUUGCUGGGUACCUUAUUAAACAAUAUGUCGCGGAAGAAAAAAGGAGAAAAGCCGCUCAAAAGGCAUCUAGUGUUUCAUCUGACCCAGAGAGGGGCAGACGAUCGAAGAAAAUUGGUGUAGACGCGCGCUUUUUCGCACAGGAAACAGUGCUACUAAUUGGUUUAGCAUUGGUUCUAAUCGCUCGUACUUGGCUUGAUAUAUGGUAA